AUGAUUGAUCCGGUCAACAAUUUACGGUUAGGUGUUCCUGAAGCACCAGAAGAAAUCAUUCCAAAUGAUCCAAUCAAUAUUGUAGAAGGUGCAAGAAGAUAUUCACCAUUAUCACCACCAAUCGAUUAUUAUCUUGGUGCACAGAAUAAUGUUGUUGUUGAAGUUGUUGAUGUUGUUCAAUUAGUAAACAAUCGGGUAAACGAACAAGGUGAUGGGUAUCAUAAUUCAGAUAAUGAACAUGAAGAGGAUGAUGAUAUUGAAGAACAUGAAAUUGUUCAUAAUCCACCAGUUGUUAAUCCACUUCUCAAUCACAGAGAAUCAAGAUAUAUGCCAUAUUCCCCAGCAGAAACUCCAUCAUCAUCAAAUUCUCCAAACUCUAGUUCGGGAAGAAAUUCACCAAUCAACGGAAUUGCUCUAUUCGGAAAUGUUGAAGAUGCGUAUUGUCGAGAAGAGACAAUGUCACCAGGAGAAGUUAUCAGUGUUCGAGAAUUAUUGACACAAGGAGUUAGUGACAUGAAUUUCUCGGAUGGUGAAACUUGUGUUGAAGAAGAAGUUGGUGGAACAACUAGGAAACGGAGAAAUGCAGAAAGUGAGAAUGAUGAACCAUUGCAAAAACGACGGGUUCAUUUUGAACUAUUGAAAGUGAGUGUUUUUUGAAUUUAUGUUGGAAGCGUGAAAUAAACUAUGAUUAUCUUCUAUAUAAUUAUGAAAAAAAGCAAAAAAAUAAAUAAAUAUAGGUUAACUCUGAAGAUGUUUUCCUUGAUGAUAUCAUUCUAUUGGUUUUAAGGGCAGUCACGUUUCAUUUUUCUGAAUUGGAUGCUGAUUUUCAGCACGCAAUUAGUGAAAAACUUCAUCAAGUUGAAAGGGGAAUCAAAAAUGAAAUCAUCCUCAGACAAAAAGUGCAUUCUCCAAUUAAAGUGAAUUUCGUUAGGGGUUUUCUUUGUAUUGAAAUCCCCAUGGAAAACAUUUUCAGAAAAACAUGGGGUUUUGAAAAUAUACAGGAAGUAGACAUUUGUUUCCUGAAAAAGCUUAAAUCCUUUUUAUAAUUAUAGAUAUCUAUAACUAUAACAGUAUCAAUUUUUCAGGUCUUCCCAUCAAACUAUCGUCGCGAUCCACCAGAUGAUUCGGGAGCUGGUCCAAGUGGAACACAAUCAACUGGUUCAAACAAUAAUAAUAUCAACAAUCAAAAUAUGAAUUUGCUUUAA